GUCGUCAGCUACAUUUAUAUUCUUCUUAGUAUUGCCGGCCCACUCAACAUCGACGGUGAGCUUGUCCAUAUCCCCAUGGCUACUGUUGGGGGUACACUCGUUGCCUCUACUGAAACUGUCCUUACCAAGGGCGCCGUGAUACGUGGACCUGCCAUCGACUUCCCUUCCAUCGUCAUGGCUGCAGGAGUUACUGAGAGUGAGAGCCACUUAGAUUGGGGAUUGAGGGAAGAAGCUAGGCGCUAA